AUGGCGGGGCCGUUGCUGCGGAUCACUCCCGAGAAGGUGAUCGAGUUUCCGGUGGUUCUCUUCAGCUCGUCUACAGUCGAGUUGCACUUGGAGAACACUGCUGAUACGUUCGUCGCCUUCAAAAUCAAGACCACGGCGCCAAAAAGCUACCUCGUGCGCCCGUCGACCGGGAUCAUUCCGCGAGGUGGAAAAGAGGUUGUCCACAUUGUUCUGCAGCCGCUCUCGGAAGAGCCAACGCGUCCCUGCAGCGACCGCUUCCUCAUUCAGUCUACCGCAGUCUCCUCGGACGCACCCUUGGCGCGCGACUACUGGCAAACUCUUGAUCGAGACCGAAUCGAAGACACGCGCCUUUCUGUCGUCUACCGCACGAGCAGCUCUUCGGGAGACCAUGUAGGGGGCGCCAUGGGAGCAGCUGACGGGAACGGGCCGUCCUCUGGUCGAGGCGGAUAUGGCGGCGCGAGUAGCAGUCAAGGCGGCAGCUAUUCCGCGGAUUUGAAGAGCCGAUAUGACCAGCUGGUCGAGUAUGCUCUGGCCCUGGAGCGGCAUAAAGACGAGCUCGUGAAAGAGAACGAGGCGCUUAAAGCUCAGAUCGGGCGAAAGGGUGCUGCACAGAAAAGCGGAGGAAUGGGUGUCUUUGAGCUGUGGCAUAUCCCCGUGUACAUUUUCAUUGGAGUCGUCAUCUGGUACUUCUUCGGCAGGUCUGCUGAAGUCACCAAGUAA